AUGCAUAACCAUAACCACCACCACCACCACCACAGCCCUUACCGUCGUCCCCGGGACAACCAAAGGGACAAUGAAGUCCCCGUCCCUGUUCUCGUCGUUCGCUCGGCCCCUCUCCCAGACCACCGGAUCCCCCUCCUCUCUAGAAUCGAAGAGCCAGCGGUGGCAGAGCCGAUGGCACGGCCGCUGGAGCGGAGAGAUGUGCCCGACACCACACGGCUUGUCCCACGACGAGAUGCGACAUGUAGUCCUGAUAAUAAUGCGGGGAAGGACUGUGGCCCAGGACUGACUGAGACGCCUACAGUGGCCAUCGCUCUCGGUGUCGCAAUACCCCUUGUGUGUGCUUUCAUAGCCUUCUUCAUUCUGCACAGACGCCAUGUCAAGAAACUGCGGAAGGAAGACGAGCAGGACAAGAUUAAAGCUCUUGACUAUGGUCUUGAAGAUGUCCCUGCGUCUACCAGCGGAGCCAAAGUCCGGCCGGGCGGCGGCCAAGGAGUCGAGAAGGGCCCCGGAGGCGGCCACCAGCCUGGCAUGUCGAUGGACUGGACCAUGGACAACCCAUAUUUCCUGCCUCCGGGACUGCAAAAGUCUCGUGGCUCUCUGCACUCCCUCUCGCGAACCAUGCCGGGCGAAGAUAAGUACGGCGUAGCCUUUGACGGCAACGGCAGCAUCAGGUCAAAUACUCCCAGCCAUCGCCACAAUAAUGCGGACGAUAAUUCUAGCUACACGGCUGGAAGCAGUCGAAAUGUUGGCGGUAGUGAUGCCAACCACCACAAUGGCGGUCUAGGCGACGACAUGUCUCAGAAUCUGCUUCGGAACGCGCAACGCAUGUCCACUUCUCCCCCUUUAGCUGCCGUUCCGGCUGAACCCCCUAGCCCGCCACAGCCAGCUCAUUUUCCUUCUGACACUCGUUACGAUGAAUUGGGCCUUCCUUCAUCUCUAAGCAAUAAUUAUAGCAACGACAACAAGGACAUCAACAAUCACGACAGCAACAACUAUAAUAUCAACGGCGACGACAGCCAGAUGGGUGCCGCGGGGAGCAAAGACAAAGAUCCUGCCCUGCGGAGUAGCCACAAUUAUCUGGGCCAGUUCAUCCACAGCGGCAGUCGAUCACCAACUCCAGACGACCAUAAAAAGGAAGACAGUGUCCCUGGCCAGCAGGAUGGCCAUCCCUCCCUCCCCGGCCUCGCAUUCUCGACCAACGAUGGCCCAAAGUUGGAUUUCAACUUGGGACCCUCUUCCCAACCCACUGCUACAACUGUUACUGAUCGUCAACAGGCUGAUGUUGACAGCGACUACGGUGACGAGAGCAAACCCACUCCGGGUCUCCCUCAGUUUAACAUCAUGCCUGCCGAGGACCAGAAGCACCUGCAGCAGCAGAAGCAACAGCAGCAUCACGGUGACGAAGAUACACAUGGAUAUCCAGAAGAAGAGGAUGACGGGACGGACAACAUCCACGACGUUUAUGACCAGUACUACGACUCCAACCACCUGAUUGAUACCCGCAGACUUACCAUGGGAAUCCGGCCGCUGCCGCCCGAAGACCCAUCUGACAACCCCGAGCAGCGAGCAAACCGCAUCCGAUCGUUCUACAAGGAAUACUUUGACGACAGCAAACCCUUCCAGCAGGACUACAUCGAGGACUAUGGCGAGGUGCCUCCGCUACCCAACCCAGCAGCACCCUUUGCCCAGCCUCUGCCUCGCCGAGCCAUGACUCCUCCGCCCAGGAUGCCCCCUGCGUUCCCACCACGUCGUCACCCAGGGGUCGGCCAUCAGCCGCCUCCUGGCAUGAACAUGGGUUUUGCCCACAGCGCUACAAACUCCUUGUCCAGUGGCCAUCCCAUGGCGGGCCCACGGGCCUUCUCCUCUGCCUCAGGUCGCAUCCCUCACCCCCGACAGAAGAAGCCUCUCCCACCGCCGUCACCCUUGCACGUCCUGCCUACUCCUCAUAAGCUCAAGGAUGACAUGUUCCUGCCUGUGGAUUUCGCACCUGGUCCUCGAGUUCGAGACCGCCAGGCCGGCCGACCGGAGACUCCCCUGGGCGGCUUGCAACACUACAACCUCAUGGUUCCCUCACAUAGUCCGCUUGUCUCAUCCUUUGACGAGCUUCCUUCCGUGCCCAGCCCGCAUGCCCUCCGCAAGUCCGGUACCUUCACUGCCCUCGACUUUGCACCGCCGCCUCGCUUCAAGAACGAGUCCGGUAGCGGCAGCGACGCAGGCAGUAUUCGUAGCAACCGCACCGGCAUAUCUGCCAUGCAAGCACACAACAUCCGCGCAGGUGCCUACCGCGUCAGUCGCCUGCCAGCCGAAACAGUUGGCACGAGAGACGACUUUAGCUCUAACCUUAAGCCCCAGUGGGAGAUGCGUACCUAA